AUGAAUUCUUUUUCAACAAAAUGCAAAUUUUUGUAUCGAAAAAACGUUCUACAGGUGGAACUCCAAAGAGAUCGUACGUGUAUGCUAAAGUACGGGAAGAUCGGAAGAGAUCUGACUGUAUUUUGUGCUGUAUUUCUGUACUGUGGUAACAUAUUCUACGUCACAGUUCUGCAAUAUGCGAUAGGAUCGCAAAUAGAUGAUAAUAAUCUUAGACGAUCUGGUCGAUGGGAAAUUUUCCAAAAAAAGUCACAAUUCGAACACUCGGCUGAUGGAAAUCGUACAACGUCAUACAAAAAUUUUGAAGUACAAACACGAAGUAAACCAUUGUCUAUCACUAUUCAAAAACAUGUCACGCGCUAUUGCAGAUUUUCUGCGAUGUUUGAAACGAUUCUGCAGGAAGUGUGCCUUUUCGAAUUCGUUGGUACCACGUUUCUAAUAUGCUUGCUCGAGUACUAUUGCAUAAUGGACUGGCAACACGACAAUAAACUCGGUGUGUUAACGUAUUUCACGGUACUAACAUCUAUGACAUUUAACAUAUCCAUGUGGUGUUACAUCGGCGAUCUACUGAUAGAAAAG